AUGACGGGCACACAAAGGAGUGAGAGCGCAAAUCACAUGCUUAAGAAUUAUGUUCCUCCAGCAUGCCCAAUGAAUCUUUUUGUGAAGCAUUAUGCAAAAGUACUAUUUGAUAGAGAGCAAGAAGAAGGUUUCCAAGAAAAGAGCACCAAAUUGGCAGGAGUAGUUCUAAAAGUUAACAUACCAAUUGAAUGCCAUGCAAGCACGGUGUAUACUCGGGCCAUGUUCGAGCUGUUUGGAAAAAGUCUUUACUACUCAGGUUCUUAUUACAUCAAAGAAUUAGUUCCAAGGACUGAGUACCUGGCAACACACGUGAAGGCGGAAUCGAGGGAGAAAUGGUACAAGAGCAGAUACAAGGUGGUUGUUUCAGAAUUCAGAGAUUUUUUCAGUUGUGAGUGUGGACUCUUUGAGCAUAUGGGGAUGAUUUGUUGCCAUGCACUAAAUGUGAUGAUAGUGUUGGGAUUGAAUGAGAUACCAAGGAAGCACAUACUGAAAAGAUGGACAGUAGAUGCGCGUGAUAGCCUUCCUGAACAUCUGAAGCAUUAUCAAAAAGAUGUAGGCCUACCUGAUUGCACCACUUUCAGGCACAAUGCUAUGUACAUCUCGGCCCUGGAAUUGGUUAUGAUGGGUGAUAGCAAUCCAGAGGCUUUUGAUUAUGUCAUGAGCGGCCUGGCAGAACUGAAGAAGGGAGCUUUGCCACUAAGUAAUCUAAAAGAUGGAAUGAGUCUAAUUGAAAAAAGGAAGGCAUGCAACUCUUCUUCUGUUGGUAAAUCUGUUCCUUCAAAGUGUAGUCAGAAGCAAAAUAUUGAUGAUGGAGCUGCGUCAAGUGCUGGGAAAAUUGAAUGGAGAAAUGCAAAAGCAAGAACGGUAGGAGGGGAUGGGAAAUCUUCAGUCAAUGGUAAUGGGAACAUUGAAGCUAAUUCGGCCUCGUCUACUGUACAGGGGGACGACCUGAGCACGGUUGAUUCAAAUAUUGCAUUAACUUCUAGAACCAUGGAUACAGAAAGCAACAUGUCCCUGUUACCCCCUAAGAAGAAGCCUAGGAUGAGAGGUCAUCCGACAACGGCAAGAGACAAGUCGAAUUAUGAAAUAAAUGACAAGCGAUCGAGGUUUUGCACCAUUUGCCGUGGGAAGGGGCACAAGAGAACUACAUGCCCUCAAAGGGGCAACGAACCGCAGAAGCCGAGGAAGAUUCCGACAUGUACAAAUUGUGGCAUAGCCGGUCAUCGUAGGAAUACUUGUUCAAAAGUUUUGUACUCUACAUUGGAUGGGGUCCCCUCUGUAGGAUGUAUCUGA